AACUUUCAAUCAACCAGAGCAGGAAGAAAGCAAUCUUGGAGAUGGAAGACUCAGUCUCUUUCUUCUUCCUUUCCCUUCUCUUUCUCUUUGUUGUUUUCAAGAUUUUCCGAUCAAGGAUAUCUUACAGAAGCCUCCCUCCAAAUCCACCUGCACUCCCAGUUAUCGGCCAUCUCCAUCUUCUAAAACCACUCAUGUAUCGCACUCUCCAAAGUCUCUCUCAAAAAUACGGCCCCAUAUUCUCUCUACGCUUCGGAUGCCGCCUUGUUAUUGUAGUCUCAUCAGCAUCCGCUGUCGAAGAAUGCUUCACUAAGAACGACGUCAUCUUAGCGAAUCGUCCAAAAUUUCUAGCAGGCAAGCACAUAGCUUAUAACAACACCACCAUUCCUCAAUCCUCCUACGGCGACCACUGGCGCAACCUUCGCCGUAUUGUGGCUAUUGAGAUCUUCUCCAACGCUCGCCUCAAUAAGUUUUUGAGUAUUCGAAAAGAAGAAAUCAAGCGAUUAAUCAUAAAAUUAUCACAUGGAUCGCUUCAAGAUUUUACCAAGGUAGAGUUGAAAUCGUUAUUUAAAGAGCUAACAUUUAAUAUGACAGUGAGAAUGAUCGCAGGAAAGAGGUAUUAUGGAGAUGAUGUGAGUGACGAGGAAGAGGCGAGACAAUUCAAGGAGUUAAUGGUUGAAGUAGCUUCUUACGUAGGGGCAUCAAAUCCAGGGGAUUUCUUGCCAAUUUUGAAUUGGAUUGAUGGUUGUAGAUUUGAGAAGAAAUUGAUAAGUUUGGGGAAAAGAACUGAUGAAUUUGUGCAACGGUUGGUUGAUGAACACAGAAGUAAGAAGGAUCAUUUAGAGAGCAGGAAUACCAUGAUUGAUCAUCUUCUUGCUUUGCAAGAAACAGAACCUGAUCAUCACACUGAUGAGACAAUCAAAGGGCUUGCAUUGAGCCUGAUAUUUGCAGGAACAGACACAUCGGCGACGACAUUGGAGUGGGCGAUGUCAAAUCUGCUCAACAACCCGCAAAUAUUAAUGAAAGCCAGAGAUGAAAUAGACACUGAGGUUGGCUCAGAAUGCUUACUAGACGAACCUCAUCUCUCCAAACUACCAUACCUUCAAAACAUCUUCCAUGAAACCCUUCGACUGUAUCCAGCGACCCCACUUCUCGCUCCACACGAAGCAUCUGAUGAUUGCAUUAUUGGAGGAUAUGAUGUACCACGUGGUACAAUCGUGUUGGUUAACGCAUGGGCCAUGCAUAGAGAUCCUACGCUUUGGGAUGAUCCAUUGAGCUUUAAACCAGAGAGAUUUGAUAAUGGAGGAGGGGAGGGCUUCAACAAUUACAAGUUUACGCCAUUUGGAAUGGGGAGAAGGGCUUGUCCAGGGGCAGGCUUAGCCCAACGUGUUGUGUGUUUGGCUUUGGGGACGUUGAUUCAAUGCUUUGAAUGGAAGAGAGCCACUGACGAAGAAAUUGAUAUGACAGAAGGCAGAGGGAUCACUAUGCCUAAGCUUGAGCCCCUGGAGGCCAUGUGCAAAGCUCGCCCAAUAGUCAAGAAGAUUGUCGCUUAGCUGGUCUAAUGUUGCUUAAGAUUUUCUUUUCUUAAUCUGCAACAAAUAAAGGUGUUUUGUAAAAUAUGAAUGUUUUUAUUAUCUUUUUUAAGUAUGUCAAGUGAUUAAUUAAUUUGAAUAAUGAAUAUCUUUGUCGUGCAAAA